CCCGUAACAUUGGCAGCACGUCAGGUCAGCCACACCCUCGGAAGUUGACAACCACCACCCCCCGCGUUAAUUUCUAGCAAUCCAUCCCUGGAAGCAUCAACUUAACCCGAGCUGUUUGGUGGUCCUGCCCCUCGUACCAAAACCUAGUUCUCACCGCAUAUCCUUUUCCCGCAGCCCUUGGGGAUGGAAGGUCGAUCUGGUUCUCCCGGCGCGUCUCCCGCGACUCCCGCAACCCUUUCGGACCUCAAGAAACACACGCACGAGCACCUCGAGGGCACAAUGGCCUUCGAAUAUACCGAACAACUCCUCACCCCCGAAAAUAGUCGCUCCGAAACCUCCAGCAACAACGAUAACGCGUCCACCGACGAGAAACCCACCCUCCGCCGACGAUCUACACGUGUAACACGCGCUUCUUUACGAGGGGCAGUCCAGCUCAGUGACCACUUGGACGCGGACAAUCAUGGAUUACCUUCUCCGGCGGAUGAAAGUGAUCGUACGGUCCCCGGUGAUGUCUUAGCCAGUGCGGUCGAGGCUGCGGAGGUGAAAAGGACGAGGUCAAAGUCCUCCUCCCACCUCCGGCACAGCAUAGCGGUCAUGGAAACUGCCUUAUGGAGCGAGACAACACUCCCGCAGAAUAAGGAGGACGGUGACGACCACCCAAUGGCGCCAGAUACCCCCGUCUCCAAAUCGUCUCAGGAACCGCAACCCAACGACAUCGGCAUGUCUCUACAACAACGGACGUUACGAAAGCGCGUGGAAAAAGUAUUGACCCAGGAAGACAACAAGGACCAAGAAAAGGUUUCUGCGCCUGCCAAACCUGAACGUCGCAAGUCACUACGUCGGUCAACCCGAUUAAGUAUACUUGACAAGGCUUCUGACCUUGUUGGUCGUGCUAGCAGCGUUUUGGGAAAACGCUCGCGUGAUAAGGUAGAAAAGAGCAGUGGUCCGGAUCGACGUGCCAGUCUACGGCCGCGAAAUGUCGCCGCUCUCAAGGAAGAACCCCCCGCGCCUACACCGAGUGCUCCAGCUCCUAAAAAGAGACGGGUCUCGGAAAGUGAUCUCCCGUCCAAGACUCAGUCAACGGAGGAGCCGCCGAAGGAGCAAUCCGCCCCAGCUGAACCAGUCCCGCGCUUGAAGCGGAAGCUUUGGCUGGCGCAUGGUCUUUACACCGGACAAGAACAUACCGACUCUCCGCCAGUUCAAAGCCGGAAUAGGAGCAGGCGGAAGAGUCAAACUCAGUCUCAGACUCAGUCGCAACGGAAACUGCUGCCAUUGCCUAUGUUUGCAGGCGACCGACUCUUGAAGAAUGGACGCGAUUUUCAACUGCCUUUCGACGUCUUCUCGCCGCUGCCUCCUGGUCAACCCAAACCAGAUGAGUGGAGAAAGACUAACAAGAACGUCUUUGUGGGAGAGGCAGGCAGUAUAUGGCGGGCAAACAAGCACUGUGAGCUGUCCAAGUGCAUGUGCACGCCAGAAACGGGCUGCGACGAGGAAUGUCAGAACCGUUACAUGUUCUACGAGUGUGAUGAAGGUAAUUGCGGGGUGGGUGAGGAGUGUGGCAACCGCAGUUUCGAGGAGCUUAAGCAAAGGACCAAGGCUGGAGGCAAGUACAACAUCGGCGUGGAAGUCAUCAAGACGGCCGAUCGUGGGUACGGUGUUCGGAGUAACCGCACCUUUGAGCCCAACCAGAUCAUUGUGGAGUACACGGGUGAGAUUAUCACUCAGACAGAGUGUGAGAAACGAAUGCGGACGAUCUACAAGCAUAACGAGUGCUACUAUCUGAUGUACUUUGAUCAGAAUAUGAUCAUUGAUGCCACUCGGGGCUCCAUUGCCCGCUUUGUCAAUCACUCUUGUGAGCCCAACUGUCGGAUGGAGAAGUGGACUGUCGCUGGAAAACCGCGCAUGGCUCUCUUCGCUGGCGAUCGUGGCAUCAUGACGGGUGAGGAACUGACCUAUGACUACAACUUUGACCCGUAUUCCCAGAAGAAUGUCCAGCAAUGCAGAUGUGGCUCAUCGAAUUGCCGUGGCAUUCUGGGCCCGAGGCCCAAGGAGAAGGCUCAACGUGCGAAAGAGCAGAAGGUGGAGAAACCGAAAAAAUCAGCCAGCAGACGGACAAAUGGUAAGACAGCCGGCACCAAGCGCAAGUCUGGCGAUGCGCUCGACGUAUCAUCUUCGCGCGCCAACAAGAAACAAAAACUUGCGGUAGCCAAGUCAAUCAAGUCUGGCGUCAAGAAGGCGGUUUCGCGAGCUCGUGCAACCGUCACCAAAACUACUGCUUCUCGAACAAAGCAGGCAAAGGAGAAAGGCAGCCCUGUCAAGCGAACGGCUGCGAAGGCCACGAAGACAACGAAAUCGCCGACGAAGAAAACGGUAACGAAGAAAGAUGAACCCAAAGGAAAGAGUAAUAUCAAACUCCCUAAGGUUAAAGCUACGAAGGUCAAGGCACGGGCCACAGUGCCCAAGAAGUCAGCACAGACCGCGAAAGGCAAGACUCCGAAUGCCGCUCCAUCAUCGUCGAAAUUAAGCCGCCCAUCUGCAGCCACCAAAGCGAAAAUCCUCGCUGCGGCCAAAGGCACAAACCCACGGAGGAAAUCAACGAAAAAGGAUGAUACGAAGACAGAUCACAAGACCACCGCGCCUAAAGCACAGAAGAAAACGCAAGCACCCAAACAGGAACCCAAGACCAAAGGUGCGAUAAAGCGUACGGGGACUGCAGCCACGAAAGGCAGUAAAAAGUGAUCAUCGAUAUAGGCUGCUUCAUGGCAUCCUUAUAUCAAAGAUCAUACGAGGACAGCUUUUGUCCUUCCGGAACCUUCAACAUUAUCUUGGACGAUCACCUUUUUUCUGUAGUGAACUGAAUCCUCCAUCUAUCUCUUCUGGCUUAACCUUACUUUUUCUCCAACAUUAUUACCCCUUUCUGUUC